GAGGCUGGGAGCUAUUGCUCUCGACCUUUAGUGUGCAAUCGUGUUGUCCGGUUUUUUUUCCUCUCCAGCGCGACUCAUAGCAGCUCAAACUCCUAAAAAGCAACUAGAAUAAGCACUCGCGAUGCUGCAAGCGGUUGAAAUUCAUUAUAGCUGAGGCGCUUUGUUCUAUUUUAACUCUGCGAACUGCAACAGGAUUUUUGUAUUAGAUCAAGCUCUGACUAUGUCUUUACUCUGUGUGAGAGUCAAGAAAGCCAAACUCCAUGGGCCCCCAGAUAAGUUUAAUGCCUAUGUGACGCUGAAGGUGCAAAAUGUCAAAAGUACAACAAUCACAGUGCGUGGGGAUCAGCCAUGCUGGGAGCAGGACUUCAUGUUUGAGAUCAACCGCCUGGACCUGGGGCUGAUUGUGGAGGUGUGGAAUAAGGGCCUCAUCUGGGACACCAUGGUGGGCACUGUGUGGAUCCCACUCCACAGUAUUCGUCAGUCUGACGAGGAGGGUCCAGGGGAGUGGGCUGCGCUGGACGCUGAGGUCCUGAUGAAGGAAGACGAAAUCUACGGUACUAAGAAUCCCACACCUCACCGUAUCCUGCUGGACACACGCUUCGAGCUGCCGUUCGAUAUCCCUGAAGAGGAAGCCAGGUACUGGACCAGUAAACUGGAGCAGAUAAACACCAUGAGACUGCAUGAUGAGUACUCACUGCAACAGGAGGUCCAGAAGAAGCCACUGCCUUCUGCUGCCUCCCAGUGCUGCAAUUGGAGUUAUUUCGGAUGGGGAGAGCAGCAGACCCUCGAAGACCACGACAGUGCGGUGGAUGACCGGGACAGCGAUUACCGCAGCGAGACCAGCAACAGCAUCCCCCCUCAGUACCACACCACGGCCCAGCCCAACUCCUCCCUGCACCAGUACCCGGUGCCGCCCCGGCUGCAGCACCAGGCCGACUCCCGCGAGUCCUGCGCCGACUCCAUGCAGAGCUACGACUUGGACUACCGCGAGCGACAGGGCGCCAGGCAUUGCCCCCCUAACCAUAGAGGAAGGGUUAGGAUUAUCCCGGUAGAUUCCGGGAUGGGUGUGGAGGACUGGGAAAGUAAAUACAAGGGGCUAGGAAAGAAUAUAUUGGAAGAAUAUCUGGACAAGGAGCCAGAGCAGUGGGAGGGAGAGAAUGAUAGCAGGAGUGUGAUAUUCCAAAUAGCCAAAGCUUGCAAAAAGCCAAGGGCCACCAGAUUCUACCGAAGUGUGGAGUAUGAGAGUUUGCCUCCUGCCACAUAUCCCGAAGAGUAUGACACCAUAGACAGGAGACGGAGAAAGAAGCUUAGGGAUUAUGGCAAGAGCAGUGGUGAAAUCAGAAUGGUGUACGAGGAAGAUGGUAGCUUUGAGGAUGAGGCUUCACCUCCAGAAAUCUCCAUCAUCCCCUCGGUUCAUGUCCAGCGGAGUCGGCACAUACUGCAGCAGAUGGCGGAGCUGGAAGAUGAGAGUGAGAUGAUGUCCUGCCUACGCCCCUACAAGAAUGGACUGCUUUAUAAAACAAAAAUGUGGGCUAAAAACAAGCUGGAGAAUACACUGGAGAACUAUGUUGCAUAUCAGGAGGAGGAAGCAAGGCUGCGAGGCAGGAGUGAAUGUGAUAGCAGUGGCUCAGAUGAAUUGCAGUACUCCAUAGGCUCAGAGGAAGAGAUGGAGGAGAUAGCCUCCUUAGCAGAGGCCAUUAGUUCAGAGAAUGGGGAUUAUAGUACCCCGGGCUCUGGCCAUUUGGAUAAGAGUCUAGGCUAUAAAGAAAGGAAGAAUGGCAAGAACAAAGUGGGGGGAUGGGCUCCAGAAGCUGUUCUGUCACCAGUGGAAGAACCUAGUGAUGAGUAUGUAGACACAAUGGAUGAGCUGCAGUGUCUGGUAGAAACUGUGUCAGAGUAUCUUGCGGAGAAAGAAGAGGAGAUCAGCAAAUUUGGGACCUUACCAAAGUCGAAAAUAUCACGACUCUCCUCUCAGAGUAGUACAAGAAAGGAUUCCAGUGGGGAUGACCAAAGCGCAAGCUUGUCAAAAGAUGAAAAACCAACAGACGUUAAGGAUGCAAAGUCAGAGACAGGGUCAGAUCCUAGCCAAGGAACGACUGGGAUGAAGAACGUUGUUAGCUCCCUCUUCAGUUCAUUGAGUGAGAAAGUUGGCUCGGGCACAAAGCAGUUAUCCACAUCUGUAGAGAAGCUGGUUAUAAACCAAACGGCUGAGAACCCUGUGCCCAAUGCUACACCUGAAUCUGGUAUCUCCAAGCUCUUCGCCUUCAUUCCAAAAUCUAACAACACAACUCCAGUUGCAGUGGUUCCACCUGCUCAGGAGCCCCCACCAGAUAGGAAAUUCUCCUUGCAGUCUUUAUUGCCCUUCCAAUCUUCUGAUAGAAAGGUAGCAGACAGUACAGAAGAAGACAAGCCAGCUGUAGUCACAACUUCUGAAGUCAAAGAAACUCUUGGGAAUAUUAGUGGUAAUAACAGUACUAGCGAUAAAGCUCAGGACUCGAACCAGCAAGCAUCUAUUGUAAGCUCUGUUUUCGGAAAACUAAAUCCUUUAAAGCUUUUCACAGAUAAACAGCCUGACAGCAGCGAAACUUCAUCUGUGGGGGAUAACAAAACCCAAGGAAAGAAUGAAUCCAAGGAGGAUCCCCAGGUGGUGGCUGUAGACGUGACUUCACAGUGGAAAAAUGAAAAAGGUUUGGUCACAGAAAAAAUAUGCGAAGACUCACAAAAAGGUGAGACUUUGAAGAAGGACACCACUGUGCCUGUGCCAAUAUCUGUAAGGCAGCCACAUCCCACAAGUGGUUUAAGUAUGCUGGACAAAAUACUGUAUAAGGAAGCCUGUGUUUCUCUGGAUCAAAAAACUGAAAAUGAUUCUAGUCAGACAUUUGACCCGGAAUCCAAACAAUUGCCUGAAGAAAAGAAUGUCCCACAAGAAAGUCAGACAAACACUGAUGACAAGGCUAUCAGUCAGGCAGUUAAAGCAGACUCAGAGGAUUCUGGGUUCUUCAGCCCUUUAAAGAAGUCCCUAAGCCAGUUAAUAUCAUCACCUAAUGAAAAAUCACAAAGUGAGAUUCCAACAGGCCCCUCCAAGUUUUCAUUAUUCAAAUCUGCUGAAGAUGUCCGGAUAGAGAGGACUGCUGAUGAUCAGCGUUUCUCUAUUAGUGGCAAGUUAAAACUUCCAUUCUUUUCCUCUGACAAUGUCUCAUCUCUAGAACCAAAAGACACACAUGCUGAAGGAGGAUUGUUUGCUGGGCUGCUGAAAUUUGGCUCUGGUGAGGAUGUCAAAGGUUCUACUGAUCAAAUUCCCAAACAGAAUAUUAAGGAACAACAUAGGAGUGUGCGUGAAGACUCUUGCAAAGCAGCUGAUGCAGCACUAGGGACUUCCAAAUCAUCAUUAGCCACAAAUCUUGGUAGUCCAAAAGUUCCUUCCACAAACCGUGGUCGUUUUAUUGAGAAAGAACAUAAAACGAAUACAGAAACGGGUUGGUUUUCCAGCCUUUUCAAAAUCACUUCAAAUGAAAAUAUGCCUGCAACACAAAUUCAGCACCCGGUCACACCAUUGGAAAAGUCCAUUCCAACCAACAAUAGACUGCCAAACCAGAAUAUACAGGUAUCUAGAGAUCAACCCGAUCUCCAUAAUGUGAAUGACUUACCACAGUCCAACAGCCAGCCCCCUCCUAAGCAACAACUCAACUGUCCACUUACUAGAGAACAACAUUUCCAGGAUCAACAACAUAGUAAGCUUAGAAUCAAAGGGCGACAACAGGAAAUCACUAGCCAUGGCUCUGUAGGGGACAAGCAAAACACAGCAACAUGCCAUCAAGAAAAUGAUCAAAAACAUGCUACCCAGAACCAAAGCUUUUUUUCUGGGCUUAUUAAAUUGGUUUCAUCAGAAGAUGUAUCUGUCAUUAAUAAACCUACUGCAGAGCGCAAUCCACCUCAACAUAGUUCUGCACAUAUAGACCAAAGGCCUAGACCAGCUGGUCAAGGGGGUCUGCUUUCAGAUCUUUUAAGAUUUGCUUCUUCUGAAGAUGUGGCUGCUUCUAGCCAGUCUGUUGCAGUUCACCAUAAACAGACACAGCCAAACAGUAAGUGUGGUAGAGGGCCUUCUCAAACACAACUAAACAAACAGCCUUUGAUGGAGCAAAUCCAGAAUCCAUCACACCAUGGUAAAGUGGACAAUGAGAAUAAGCCUGCUGGUCAACAGGGGAUGAUUUCAAGUUUUUUCACAUUUGCUUCUUCAGAGGAUGUGUCUGUAAACAACCUGACUUCUACAGUGCAAAAGCAACAGCAGCAACAGGUGCAGCCCAGCUAUAUGUCUGACCAGCCUCAGUCUAAAAGCUGGAAACAGCAUGGUAGCAUUUACAAAGAAGAAAAACCUGUUGCACAACAAGGACUCUUUUCAGGGUUGUUCAAACGAACACCUGCUGACGAAAUGUCUAUUGGCAGGCUGGCAGCAUCAUCUUCUCAUCAGGAGGGCAUGGGACACAAGCCAACUAACAACAGCACCCCAGGUCUGCUCUCUGGGAUUUUCAAGACAGGAUCAAAUGACAAUGCUUCAGCAUCAAAACAAGAUGAUUCAGCUGGCAGAAAAGAAGGACCUCUAAGCUUCCUAAAAUUUAUGAGCAAAGGGGAAGACCAAAUUACUGAGAAAAAGUGUGAUGGUGAUAGCAGUGUGUUUCAACACAAACCUGUGACCAAUCUCACAGGUGUCGUUAAUGAUGAAGAAAAAAAGGAGGGACCUAGCUUUGGAAUCUUCAGUCGUUUUAUCCCAAAGCAAAAAAAGGAAGAACAGACUAUUCCAGCUUCUACCAGUGCAGAAAGUGUAGAUUUAAGGGCUUCUGAAUAUUCAAAAACACAGCAUAGCCAACCAUCCUUAUCAUCUGUUAGCUCUGGACAUAUGGCUUACACAUCUUACUGCCAUCAAGGUUUUCAGCCAGAUAUCCCAACGGUGAGAUCUUCCAGCACAGAUCAUCUUCAAUACUGGAAACAAAGACAGCCAUCAUCUACUAUGCUAUCUUCACAGAACACAGGGCAGAUACAAUCCUGGAUGGGUACCCAGCAAUAUCCUCAGGUGACCCACUAUGAAAACUCUUCGGUGCCUGAGCAUCAGAAAUGUCACGUUCAACCAUAUUCAUUAAAGCAUAGAGCUGCACUUGUUCAUAGCUACGAUCAGCACCACCAGGAAUCUGCUUCCUGGCACCAGCAGGUCGAUGAAUAUUCUGGGUCUGAAGUGCAAUCUGAAAGCCCAAAUGUGGAACAAAUGCAAAAUUUUUACAUGACAGGUCUAGAAUACAGACAGCCCCCUGAUGGAGCCUCUAUACUAGAAGCACCACAUAGUUUGAGCACCAGUGAAAUGGACUCUGCACAUUAUUGUGUUUCUUCCUAUGAUGGAGAAGAAUUUGUGGAUUGCCAGGGUCAAACCAAUUUCCAAUCCCAGGAAAAUAAUGGCGAAAUAUAUGACAUGAGGUAUAAAUAUGACAGUAGAACAAAGACCUUCCAUCCGAAUGGACACAAGUUAUGGAAUAGUUAUGACAACCUGACAGAUCUAUGUCAUCAAACUAGGAUGGGAGACCAUGAAAACUGGACAGAAUAUGACAAUGCUCUGAACUUGAGUGUGAAGAAAGAUAAUGCAAAACUUAAUAGAUGGUAUUCUCUCAAUGAAAGAAGCAUCUAUGACAUGCAAAGUGCUGUAUCAUGUGAUUCCUUAGGAUAUACUGUUGUCUCAUACCAAGAUUAUUUUGAUGAAAAUGGACCAUGGAAUGAUAGUUUGCUGUGUGGAGAGUUUAAUUACAAUGAACCUCCAGAACGCACCAGUCGACAAAUUGUUGAAGAUGGUCCCAUAGACCUGAGCUGCUGUGUUGAUGAUGGAAACAUGUGGUGUUACCAUGAUAACCAGUUUUCUGUGGAUAUGGAAGAAAACAUGAACAUUGAAGAGGCAGAAUGGUACCAGCAGUGGCUCUCUCUGCUGGAGCAGGGAAUGUGGUGGCCCUCAGAAGAUGGUGAUUAUGGAUACUUCAUAUACACAGAUGGAGAGUUUAUUUACUCCUUGCUGACAGAUGGGGCUGGGCAGAAUGUAUAUGUGUGCACCCCUGAGGAACAGGCUUGGGGGGGAUAUGGACAGUAUGCUGAUACCUUACCCAGUGUCUGGCUAGAAAAUGAGAUGGUUGCUGUUUGUGGAUUCAAAGUUCCCUUGUUCAAUGAAGAUGAACUGUUUUGGUUUCCUGCUGAAGAGCAAGGUGAGGCUGAACUCGUCAGUGCUCCCCUGGAUCUCUCUGUAGCCUUCAAAAAAGGUAAUCAAAUUAUGAACAUGAAUCUGGAGAUCUUCUCCCAAAUGUUUGAGGACUCCAUGUACUGGCAGAGAGAGGAGCCCUUGGACUUCUCUACCUACCGACUACAGAAAAUAAGGGUGGAUCUCGCACAUCAGCAUCAGCCAGGAUACAUGUAUGAAGAACCUCAGAGAGAGGCAUUUGAUCUAACUGUAAGGAAAGGACCUGAGGCAAAGAAAAAAGAUGGAUUCAAGGAACUGUUUGCUCAAAAGGUCUCUGUAUCUUUGUCAUCCACAUCAACUUCUGAGUCCACUUCCUCAGGGCUGUUUGGGCUUUUCCGCAGUCAUUCUAAACAGCCUGAGCCUUCAGAAAUUAAAGACAGGUAUGUAGAUAAAAAGCCAGUUACAGAAGAACAGAGCCAGCCUAUACAGAAGAUCUCUUCCUUCCUUUCAGCUCUGGGAGAUUUGGUUGGAAAAGCUCCCGAUUCUGAAUCAAAUAAAGCUGCCACUGAGUUAGUUACAGUAGCUGCAACAUCUGUAUCAGUUAGUUCAAAGAAGGGUCCUGGACACACUAGAGAUGAGGCAUUGUCCUUAACAUCAGAUAAGAAUCGGAAAGAACAUUCUAAACCACGUGAACAUGAAGUUCUGGAUCAACAGCCAAGAAAUGUUUUGUCUACAGGCUUUCACAGUCUGAAAUCCAAGAUCAUUAAGGAAGAAGCUCUAGCUGCAACCAGUGUGGCUCAACAAGUAAAUAAUCAAGUGCCCAAACCAACAUCAGCCACUUCUCGAACUUUGCCGACACCACCUACAACAGGUUUGGCAUCUAUGUUGGGUCUUGGCUCAGGGCGCAGUGAACCACAAGCUUCAUUUAGUGAGAAGCCAACUCCUGCACAUUCUAGUUUAGCAUCCCAGCCCACCAAGCCAAUGGAAUCAUCUCAAACAGCUGACCCCAGCUCCUUUUUCAGAAACCCAUUGAAAAUUUUCAGUGUUUCUGAUACUCCUUUGCAUGACAAGCCAGCUGAGAAACCCCAGGGGUCAGGAUUUCUGGGAUUCUUCAAAGCAGCAGUAGGGAUAGAAGAAACAAAGCCCGAAUCUCCUAAACCUUCUGAAACCCGAGGAAGAGUACCAGAGAGAAAUGCUGCUGUCGGUAGUAAUGCAACUGAGAACAGUGGGAUUUCUUCUCUUUUUGGGUCAAUUGGUGACUUUUUUAAAGUUGAUCCCCCUCCAUCUCAACCGGAGCCUGUGAAGCAGCCACAGACACAUCAAGAAUCUGAGCAGCAACAAAAAUCGAACAUGAUUAAAAAUGACAUGAAUAAAGACCCCAUGAUUCCUGUGUCACACAACCAAGAGGGGUUUAAUGAAACUUUGCAUAAUAAACAUCAGGGACCCUCAAGACCAAAGGGUCUGCGGAAGCAACAAACUUUUGGUGGAAUCGGAGAGGUUGCAAUGCCUGACGUAGGUGGCACAUCUCCAUCUGACCAAUCUCUGGGUCUAGGAAGAAGCAUGUCUCAAAACUUUUCCUCCAUUGCCAGUCCUUCCAAGCCUUCAGAGAGGUCAAAGACAAUGCAUCCUAGCGAACCAAGACCUUCUCCAACAGGACAGGACAAGCAUGAGCCUCACCCCAAGCAAACAGGUGGUUUGUUUGGCUUCUCUCUUGGGGAUAUGCUCUCUGGAACAUCUGCCUCUACAGAAGAAGCUCCUGGUAAAAGCUUCUUUUCAUUCUUCAGUGGAAGUAGUCCCCAAUCUGCCUCCAGUCAGACCGGUUCUGCAAAUCCUCCAAAUGCAUCACCUAAACAGCCACCUGUGGAAUCAGAAGGACUUUUCCGACUUCCUUCUUUUUUGUCUCUAAGUGCUGCAUCUGGCGAGAAUAAACCCAAGGCAAGUAGCUCAAGUUUCAGCCUCUUCGGCAUGUCUUUGAUUGAUGAGAAAAAGCCAGAUUUGUCCACUGCUCAGAUGCAUUCUGGUACACCUCUCAACAAGAAAGCAAAUAGCAGUGUAAGUAAAACCACAACUAAAGAAGAACUUGACUUUAUGAACUCUGUGCUUGGUACUGGACCUCCACAAUCUAAGCAUGAAACUCCCCCUGUUAACCUUGAUAAGCAGAAUACUGAAGCUGACCUUCCAAAUAAACAGCACAUCCUGUCUUCAGAGCAGUCAGCUGCUAUUUUAAAUAAAAUAACUGAUGAACAUACUCUGAAGAGUUUUCCUGGAAAGACCCCAGUAUCCAAUGAAAACAAGCCGAGCAGUGAACAGUUUAUUACUCAAACCCACGAUCGUCCUGUAAAAGAUGUUACCCUAGCGCCUCCAUCUGAAAGUACUGUUGAAGUUGACCAUGGCAAUGGACAGUAUCAGGAUUCUAGUACACAAGAGAAAGAGGCAGAUUUAACUGAAACACAGUUAGAACGACAUAUGUUCAAAGAGGCAGUGAUCCCAUCAUCUCAAACCACUUCUUGUGAGGCAGGACUGGACAUAAUAGAGAAUGUUUCUGUGCUUGACCAAACAAUGCAAGAGCCUCUUAAGGAGCAUGUUGCAUCAGUGAAACUUAAACCAACUGUUCAGCCUCAGUCCUCUCCUAGAGAAACAAGACAUCCCAGUCCUUCCGCAUGUCCACGAGGAGCUGCUAAACCCCCUGAGCCAGAGAAAUCAGUGCUUGACUCUUCAGUUGAAAUGUUUUCUGGCUUUAUGUCCAGGAUGAAAUUAUUUUCUGAAGCACCAAACACUCCAAAACGUUCCUCUGGUUUUUCCAAUUCUUCUCAAUCUUCAAUGUUCAGGUCUUCUCCGAGUUCCUCACCCCAGCAGCAAGAGAAAAGUUCAUUUUUCAACCUUCCCGGGAGCCUUCCUACUGAGUCUCUAAAAAAUGAACUUUUUAGUAUCUUUAAAAUGCCUGGUGACAAACUUUCAGAAGCAGAUAAAAUGCCAGAGACCAAAGUCUCUGAGGUAGCCAAGCCCCAUGGUGGUGUCCAAGAUGUUGGUGAAUUGAAACCAUAUUCAACAGAAAAAAACAAGGAAAGAAUAAUGCUUGAAUCUUUUGCUGAAGAAACAAAAUCAUUUGAGGAAUCGGAUUCUAUGCCUUCAGAAUGUGCAGUACUUACAGAAGAAAGAAACGUUGCUAUAGAGAGUAUUAUAACUCCAGUUUGUGAGGAAAUCGAACAUAACCAUAUUCCAUCUUGCUCUCAAGAUGACAUAGGUUUGGAAACUAUAAAAGAAGAGCGAAAGUUUGAAUCAUUACCAGAGGUGUUGCUAGAGGCCACCCCAGCAGACAAAAGCAUGGGAACAGAAGUCAUAAAGCCACCUGAUGAAAGAGUGGUUCCGUAUGCAAAAGAGACCGAAGGAAUGUCAGUUCCAGUUGUCACAUAUGAAGCUGCUGAGGAGCUCAAAGUCACAGUAGAAGAAAUAUUUAGUUUGCCAGAAGGAGAAGCCACACAUCUGGGUAAAGAGAGCAUUCAGGCGAACAUUUCACUUCAAAGUGCCCAAAAGACUCCUAGCCCAAGUAAGCAGUCAAGUGCAGAAUCACUUCCAGGCAAGUCCCUCUUUGACAUGACAGGUUUAUCCACAUCCAAAUUAGGCUUCAUGUCUUCUGGGGAUAGUGGAAAAACAUUCGGGUCCUUCUUCUCUUCACCAUCCACGCCUACAGUUAUGCCACAGAAGGAAGGAGGCCUACUGUCUGGAUUCAAAAACUUCUCUACAGGACUAUUCCAAGAAGACAAAGCUGCUACAAAGGAUGGAAUGUCUGUUUCUUCGAUGUUUGGGAAAAAGAUGGACUUUGGCUUCCCUUGGCAGAAAGAGAGCCAUGAGGCAUCUAAACCAGGGGCUCCUGUAGUCACCUUACAACCCACAGCCAAGGAUGAUAAAUUAGUGGGAGUGCAUAGUCCCCCUUGCACAAUACAGCCUAUAAAAGACACCGUAGCAUUGGAGACAGAAGUUGUUCAAAGUGGUGAAGUUAGCAGUGAGAAUAAAGAAUCAAAGGGCAUAGCCCUAAGUGAACUCCACAGUUUAGUUGGAACAGUUCACUCCAAGCAGGGCAUUCAUGAGUUCUCAGUAGAAACUUUAGGUACCACCAUGGAAGAAACCAUUCCAGACAUCAUAAUCAAACCCCAGUUAGAGAUCUCCCCACCUGACCUUGAACAGUCCCAGCCCCUCUCUGAAAAUGGAGAAAAUGCCCUUUCUGAACCCCUUCCUUCUACAGAACUGAGCCCAGGACUACUUCAGGAUGACCUGCCGGCGAAGGAUCUUUUAAGUGUGAAAAGCCCGGCGGGGAGCAGCCAGUACAGCUCCUCGGGAAACCUGAGCCAGGCUAGCUCUCAGCUGAGCGAGCCGGGCCAGGACAGCGCCGGCGGCUCCGAGCUGGAGGAGCGGCGCGACCUCGACUCCUUCCACUCCUACCAGCCCAACGGACACGCCUGGGAUGAGGAGGCUGCGGAGACGGAGCUGGGCCGGGACGUGAGCCCCCCGAGGCAGGAGCCCUCACCUGGAACGCCGCAGGAGUCCAAGGCCCAGCCAGAGAGGAGGCUUGAGAAGCAGCAGAGCAGUUGUGUGGAGGAUGUGGGACCUCCCCCCUUCUCCCCAUCAAGGGCACGCUGGCUUAGAGCCAUCAAUAAAGUCCGGGUGCAACUCCAAGAGGGAAGAGAGGAUGGUGACCCUUCAAAGCAGCCAUGGAUUAAGGGGGGACCUGGAGGAGGCCUCUUUGGUAUCGACAGCAUGCCUGACCUGCGCAAAAAGAAGCCCAUCCCCCUUGUCAGCGACCUGGCUAUGUCCCUGGUGCAGUCAAGGAAGGCUGGGAUUACCUCCGCCAUGGCCACACGCACUUCACUCAAGGAUGAGGAGCUUAAGAACCACGUUUACAAGAAGACCCUGCAGGCUCUGAUCUACCCCAUCUCCUGCACCACGCCACACAACUUCGAGGUGUGGACGGCCACCACGCCCACCUACUGCUACGAGUGCGAGGGGCUGCUGUGGGGCAUCGCGCGGCAGGGCAUGCGCUGCACGGAGUGCGGGGUGAAGUGCCACGAGAAGUGCCAGGACCUGCUCAACGCCGACUGCCUGCAGCGAGCGGCGGAGAAAAGCUCGAAACACGGCGCGGAGGACCGCACCCAGAAUAUCAUCAUGGCCAUGAAGGACCGCAUGAAGAUCCGCGAGCGCAACAAGCCCGAGAUCUUCGAUGUCAUCCGGGAUGUGUUCGCCAUUAGCAAAGUGGCGCAUGCCCAGCAAAUGAAAACCAUCAAGCAGAGCGUGCUCGACGGCACCUCCAAGUGGUCGGCCAAGAUCACUAUCACGGUGGUGUGUGCCCAGGGCUUGCAAGCCAAGGACAAGACGGGCUCUAGUGAUCCUUACGUCACUGUGCAGGUGGGAAAAACCAAGAAGAGAACCAAAACCAUCUAUGGCAACCUCAACCCCAUCUGGGAGGAGAAGUUCCACUUUGAGUGUCACAACUCAUCAGACCGGAUCAAAGUGAGGGUGUGGGAUGAAGAUGACGACAUCAAAUCCCGAGUGAAGCAGCGCCUAAAACGAGAGUCGGAUGACUUCCUGGGCCAGACCAUCAUCGAAGUCCGCACGCUGAGCGGGGAGAUGGAUGUCUGGUACAAUCUAGAGAAGAGGACGGACAAGUCUGCAGUAUCUGGGGCGAUCAGGCUGCAAAUCAGCGUGGAGAUCAAAGGAGAGGAGAAGGUGGCGCCUUACCACGUCCAGUAUACCUGUCUCCAUGAGAACCUCUUCCAUCACAUGACGGAUGUACAGGGUGGGGGAGUGGUCAAAAUUCCUGAUGCCAAAGGAGAUGAUGCCUGGAAGGUCUACUUUGAUGAGGUGGCCCAGGAAAUUGUGGAUGAGUUUGCAAUGCGCUAUGGGAUAGAGUCCAUCUACCAAGCAAUGACCCACUUUGCCUGUCUCUCCUCCAAGUACAUGUGUCCAGGUGUGCCAGCUGUGAUGAGCACACUUCUUGCCAACAUCAACGCCUACUACGCCCACACGACUGCCUCCACCAACGUGUCUGCCUCCGACCGCUUCGCUGCUUCCAACUUUGGGAAAGAGCGGUUUGUUAAGCUCUUGGAUCAACUUCACAAUUCCCUUCGGAUCGACCUCUCAAUGUACCGGAACAAUUUCCCUGCCAGCAGUAAAGAGCGAUUACAAGACCUGAAAUCCACUGUAGAUCUUCUCACCAGCAUUACCUUCUUCAGAAUGAAGGUACAGGAGCUGCAGAGUCCACCCAGGGCCAGCCAGGUGGUGAGAGACUGUGUGAAGGCCUGUCUUAACUCCACCUAUGAGUACAUCUUCAACAACUGCCAGGACCUCUACAGCCGCGAGUAUCAGACUGACCCUAACAAACAGGAGGUGCCCACAGACGAACAGGGCCCCAGCAUCAAGAACCUGGACUUCUGGCCCAAACUCAUUACCCUCAUCGUGUCCAUCAUUGAGGAGGACAAGAACUCCUACACACCUGUCCUCAAUCAGUUCCCUCAGGAGCUCAGUGUGGGCAAGGUGAGCGCAGAGGUGAUGUGGUCUCUCUUUGCCUUGGACAUGAAGUAUGCUAUGGAAGAGCACGAGAAGCAACGCCUGUGUAAGAGUGCAGAUUACAUGAACCUGCAUUUCAAGGUGAAGUGGCUAUACAAUGAAUACGUCAAGGAGCUGCCUGCCCUUAAGGGCAGCGUACCAGAGUAUCCGGCGUGGUUCGAGCAGUUUGUAUUGCAGUGGCUGGAUGAGAAUGAGGAGGUAUCUCUGGAGUUCCUGCAUGGUGCCCUGGAGAGGGACAAGAAGGAUGGCUUCCAGCAGACCUCCGAACAUGCUCUGUUCUCCUGCUCAGUGGUGGAUGUGUUCACCCAGCUCAACCAGAGCUUUGAGAUCAUCAAGAAACUGGAGUGCCCUGAUCCUACCAUUGUGGGCCAUUACAACAGACGCUUCGCCAAGACCAUCGCUAAAGUGUUGAUGCAGUAUGCUGAUAUUGUGACCAAAAGCUUCCAGACCUACUGUUUCAAGGAGAAAAUACCCUGCAUUCUAAUGAACAACAUUCAGCAGCUACGUGUCCAGCUGGAGAAGAUGUUUGAAGCCAUGGGCGCCAAGCAGCUGGACCCCGAAGCUAGUGACAUUCUGAAUGAGCUGCAGGUGAAGUUGAACAACGUUCUGGAUGAGCUGAGCACGGUGUUUGGAAACAGUUUCCAGCCCCGUAUUGAGGAGUGUGUGAAGCAGAUGGGGGACCUCCUGAGCCAGGUGAAAGGGACUGGAAACGUACCAGCCAGCGCCCGCAACACCGUGGCUGCGGAUGCCGACAACGUGCUCCGACCGCUCAUGGACUUCCUGGAUGGAAACCUGAUGCUGUUUGCCACAGUGUGUGAGAAGACUGUGCUGAAGAGAGUCCUGAAGGACCUCUGGCGGAUUGUUAUGAACACCCUGGAGAAGGCCAUCGUCCUGCCACCCCUCACUGACACCUCGGGCACACAGCUCAUUUUCUCUGCCGCCAAGGAGCUAGGACAUCUGUCCAAGUUGAAGGAUCACAUGGUACGGGAUGAAACUAGAAGCCUCACCCCGAAGCAGUGUGCUGUCAUGGAUCUGGCACUGGAUACAAUUAAGCAAUAUUUCCAUGCAGGAGGCAAUGGCCUGAAGAAGACAUUCCUGGAGAAGAGCCCAGAGCUGCAGUCACUGCGCUACGCUCUGUCCCUCUACACGCAGACCACAGACACACUCAUCAAGACCUUCGUCCAGACCCAGACUGCUCAGGUUCAUAAUGGAAAGGGUAUAAGAUUUACUGCUAACGAGGAUGUGCGUCCAGACAAGGGGUCGGGAGUCGAUGACCCAGUGGGGGAGGUGUCCAUACAGGUGGAUCUGUUCACACAUCCAGGGACAGGAGAGCACAAGGUCACAGUGAAAGUCGUGGCUGCUAAUGACCUGAAAUGGCAGACCUCUGGAAUGUUCCGUCCCUUCGUGGAGGUGACGAUGAUUGGGCCGCACAUGAGCGACAAGAAGCGCAAGUUUACGACAAAGUCCAAGAACAACAGUUGGGCUCCGAAGUACAAUGAGACCUUUCACUUUAUCCUGGGGAACGAGGACGGCCCGGAGUGCUACGAGCUGCAGGUGUGUGUGAAGGACUACUGCUUCGCCCGGGAGGACCGCGUGCUCGGCAUCGCCGUCAUGCAGCUGCGCGACCUGGCCGACAAGGGCAGCUGUGCCUGCUGGUGCCCGCUGGGGCGGCGGGUGCACAUGGACGAGACGGGCCUGACGGUGCUGCGCAUCCUGUCCCAGCGCACCAACGACGAGGUCGCCCGCGAGUUCGUCAAGCUCAAGUCGGAGAUACGCUCUGCCGAGGAGGGGAGAUGAGGAGGGGGCGGUGUGCUGGCGUCAGGGCUGCGCCGGGCCCCUGGAGUGUUUCUCCGGUGGGCUCUCUCUCUGCACAAUGGGUGCUAUAGCGCGUACUCCUCUCCAUCUGCCUUGUGUCUCUGCCACGGUCUCUACUGAUCAGCGGAUCAGGCUGCUUGUCUGGCUUUGAUUUUAUGUGAGGCAUCGUAAACUGGUUUGGAAAAGAAAUCCUAUUCGGUUACAUUUCUGGGCUGGAAUAUUUAUCUCCUUUUCAUUUGUUUUAGCUGUGUUUCAUCUACAGCCCUUGCCUUAUAUUUCUUUAUUAGCUACAGAUGUGAUGCAUGGACAUGGACUGUAUGCUGUUAAAUGCAAAUAGUGUCCUGCAGGUUCUUUGUUUAUUUUCUGUCAGGUGACAUCCCUUUAAAUUAGUCUUUGGCUGAUUUGGUUUCCCAGUUAAAAAGACAGAAAACAUGCAAAUCAGAGAACAAGAAAAGAUGCUUUUUAAUUAGCAUCUGAGCCAUUGUGAGUUUUGCCUCAUCAAUACCUUAAGCACAGUUAACAGUAGACUCUGAUCACACUAAUCUUAUAAUCUGAUUAAUUUGUAUUUAGUCCUGCAGUUUACAAGUUGAUAUGUGUACAUAUGGUUCUACACUCAGUUAUAUAUUGUACUAUGUGCUACAGUCUUUUCAACAGAUCGGUAUUGUUUAUAGAAUACAGUAAUUUCAAAUACAAUUUUAAAAUAAUUAUGAAUAAUAAUGAUAAAAAAUAUUAAACAAUCUAUACCACAGAGGGCAAUGAUUAUAAUUUGGUCAACUGGGAUCUUAUUGUAGCCAAUGAAUUGUCUUUUUACCCAAGGUGUGUUGCUGUGUAAUAAACAGAAAUCGCAGCACACUAAAUAUAAAUAUUAAUUCAUUUAAAUUUACAAAUCCAGAAUGUAAUGUUUUCUGUUAAACUUUGAGCACCUUUAAGAUAGAACCAGCAUUUUUUCCAUUAAUUAAGACACCAUUAACUGUGCAGAAACACUGACUUUAUUUUCACAGUAUUGUGAGAAAAUGACCUUAGCAUGUACCGAAAACAUUUUUUGUACUGUAGAUUGUUGUGUCCAGUAUGUGUGAGUUGCAUGGCUGUAUGGAUUAUUGCACAGUAACCAUGUAUACAAUACAUCCAUGCGUAUUCCAUGUUCUGCAACUGAAAUAAUUUUUAAAACGUAUUACUGAACAUAACAGAUAUAAUUAGGAGAUAUUUGUUUACUAAAACAUGAUUACCAGAAGCAUGGGAUUUGAUAUGAACCUUACGUUCACUAAAUUAACAUUCUGUGGUCUUAGCUAUUGUAGCCUACUGAUUAAUCUGACAGUUUCAUGUGUAAUGUGCUGUAUAGCUUUUUCAGAUAUCACAUAAGUUAAAGAAAGUUAAUUUAAUUAUUUAGUGGUUGAAGGUUAAUGAGUUUUUUGUUAUCCACUUUAUUUUGAUGUCUUCCCUGUUCUUGAGAGUGCAUCGACCAGUUUAUGGAAGGCCUUGUAUAAAAUUCCACUCUAGUUGUAGCAGUAGUUUGAUAGAAUAAUUACCCACAGAGUGCCUUCCCUUAGUGCAAGUUGGACUACAUAUUUUGCUUGCUUGUCACAUAGAUUUUCAGGACUGUGUAGUGCUAAAGAUUUGCAAUUUCAACUCAUGUGAGUUUGCAUGUUUGUCACACUCUAAUCAUGCAAUCAAGGGUCAUCAUCAUAUUUGGAUUAUAUCCACAGAAAACAAACAUUUUGGUUGAAUAGCAUUGGAUUUAGUUUCAAUUAUAUUUCUUUUAUUCAUGACAACUUCAGAGGUUGUUCCUUUCUCUUUUACUACUUGUAAAAAUCUCUUUAUUGAAAGAGUUACAAAUGGAUAAAAUGGAUUAAAAGCAAAUCUGUAAAGGGGAUGUGAAUCAGCAUCUGAAGUUUCAGUUUGAGUCAGUUGUCUUUCACAAUCUCAUUCCCAGCCUAAAGUAACUUGUUGCACAGUUCAGUUGCAGAGGCUUGAAAACCUAUUUUCAAGGAUUGUUGAAGACUUGAGACAUACUGUUUUGAUACUGAAAUAAAAGUAACCUGGCUGUCAUUUAAAGCACAGUCACAAUGGUAUCUAGACGCAGAGCAUAAGACCUGUCUCUGCAAAUGCUGAAUCUGACCUUUGGAAAUAGUUAUUACACAUGUAAAUAAAACACUGACUCUCCGUAUUUUAACACCAGAUCAUUAUGGGUGGUUUUGAGUGUGGGGCUCUGAUCUGUCCAUUGUUCUAAUCUAUACUGUAGGUGCGAAAUGUAAUCAGUUGUGUAUUCAGUGACAUUUUUUAAAGACAGUUGUCUGUUUUCUUUUAUGCUCAAUCAGUAGAGACCCUGGCAAAACAUGAAAUGAGCAGACUAAUGUGCAAACCAUCUCUUUUUAUGUUGCGUUUCCCUGCACUGAGGCCUUACUGUGGCUCUGCCAAAUUUAAAAAAUCAAUAAUUCUGUUUUGAAGGGUAACAGUUCCAUUCUCUUAGUACGCGUAAUUAAUCUUCAAAAGGACCUGAUAGAUUGUUUUUAUCUUUCUAAAUUGGACCAAACUGGAAAAAAAGGCUGUAUUAGAGAGUUUUCCCCCUUUUUGCACGUUUAAUCUUUUUUUAAAACCACAAAUUUCUUUUGUCACAUAACUGGUUCGAUGAAGAGCGAAAAGAGUGUGUGCAACUUUAUCAUGAUUUCCUUUUGUCGUUGGUGGUGUUAAAGUUGUUUAAAAUGCAGCAUCCCUUUUCAACUUUCUCCAGCAUGCAGUUUAAACCAUGUUCUGCUAACCCAAGGUUUCUGGCCACCAAUGGUUCAAUCUUCACUGUCCAACACGUCCAAAUCAAAGAUCACACUAAAUAAUGACUGCUCAUUUACUAUGGCUACAGUAAGUAGAAAACCACAAUUUUCUUAUUAGUUUUGUUUCCAAGUUAUUCUCUGUGCCUUUGUGCAGUAACAUACAUCGUUUCCGGUUGUCAUAUUAUGGAAGUAUCUUGAAUCUAUGGAUGGAAAGAUAUCCAGUUCCCAGAAUUCUCUUUCAGUGUACUGUAUUUCAGAGGCAUCCCAGCUGGUAUCCAGUUCUAGCCAAAACGUUUUGCUAAAGUCAUAUUAUAACUGUGUCCAAAAGAGAUGAGAAAAUUAAUUUGAAUCAGUUUGUAUGUUGUUGUAUAUUUUAAAAGUUGUCUUUGAUUAGAAUUCCAGUAAGGGGACUCGCCAAUUUCUUAUUUUCACCACUGAGAGAAGAGUAUGAGAAGAAAAGCUGUUUUUCAGCCUUUAGAGCAGCCCAGGAGCAGUCAAAUGGUGUAGGAAUGUUUAAGUACUGAAAUUGUAUUAGUGCAGUAGUUACUUUACUGAGUUAGUAGGAAUACAUGUAUUUACAACAUUUAGACUCAAGGAAGAUUUUAUGAUAAAGUAGUUUUGGUUACAUAGAAGAAAUCUAAUCAAUGGCACAAACAUGUAAUGGUUCCACUGUGGUGUGUACGUACUGUACUGCACCUGUUGAUCUCAAAGUUCCUCUAACGAAAUGUGUAAAUCCUCUGGUUCGAAACGUCUUGUGUUUCUUGCAACCGACUACCUGGUGAACUAGAAUGAGAAGAGCUUUUGUAUAAACAACAAUGAUUUUGUCUUAUCGGUUCCAAUAAAAGUGUCUUGUUCUUUCAGGCUCUUAAUGUCAGUAAAAAAUGAAUUAAGCCAGUGUUCCUCUAAUAAGACUCUAGUCACCUAUUGGCCCCUAGGAUGUCUGUCCGUCACAAAUAAUAAUGAAAUAACAGCCAGUAUGAAAAACCAAUAAAGAUUUACAUUCAAUUUUUUAUUCCCAUUUACCAAAACAGAAAUGUCUUAAUUACAUUAAAUGCAUUGUUUUUAAAAAUCAUUUUCUUUGCAGUAAUGAUUUUUAGAAUGUUAUUAUUACCCUUGACAUUAUACAGUUUACCUUUAUGAGAAUUUACAGUAGCAUGCAGGAACUGUGCUUGACUACUAGGGGCAGUGUUAAGAAUUUAAUGGCUUUGUCCAGCUAUUAUUAAACAUAAUUGAAAUCUUGGUAAUUGAAAAGGGUGGACAGCUGUUCCUUUGUGAAGUGAUUUGGGGAUACUUGGAAUCUACUGUCUUGCUGUGUUUGAAGAGUGAUGCUGUAUUUUGUGUGCAUACCUCGUGCCAAGAUGUGCAAGCGUUUAUCUUUUGUUGUUGUUGUCAUUUGUUCUUAUGUUAUUUUUUUAAAUGUGAACUCUUGCACAAAUAUUUAUCUUUAUAAAAACAGAAAUAGCGUGUAUUGUAUAGCAAUUAAAGUAUAUAGAUCUUGGCUUUUGAAUUUUUAUGUAUAGCCACUGAAGCAAAUGUUAAAUCGAUCCUAAAUAAUUACACAUAUUGUCAAAGAAAUAGUGCUGAUACUGAUUCAUGAAUUUUGUACAUAAAUUAUUUAAGAAACGUG